AUGAAGCGCUUCUUUAUCAUCGGGUGCGGGUUGCUCCUGUCACCGCAGCUCGCCGCGUCUCGAGCACUCCCGGACAGCGUGGCGUCCCUCAUUGAUACAUCCGUCAACCCAUGCGUCGACUUCUACCGCUUUUCAUGCGGCGGGUGGCUCGCAACGCACGAGAUUCAGCCGGACGAGUCCAUGGUCGAGUACGCGUUCGACAAGGCUCAGGACGCAAUGGACGCGGUCGUUCUGCAGGCGAUCGCCAACGACUCGACGUCCCUGGUGGGGGCGCUCUACGCUUCCUGCAUGGACAUGGACGCCCGCAAUGCCAUUGGGGCGGAGCCGCUGCGGGACGGAGUGGAGAGCAUCGUGAGUGCUCAGAGCAAGGAGGAGCUCUUCCGAGUCGCGGGGAGGCUCGCACGCACAGGCGCGGACUUCAUCACGAACCUCGAGCCGGAUUCGAGUCUCCAGAACGCAAGUCGGAACGUGCUCUGGGUGUCCCACGCGGACCUGACGCUGCAGGACGACUACUACGAGAAUCCCCAGGUGCUCAAGUAUAUCGAGAAAAACUUGACGGUUUACGCGUCCACGAUCCUCAAUUUGACCGGGUUUGAGCUGCAAGGAAGCGAGUACGGCGACUACGGAGACGUGGUGCUUGGGGUGGAGAAACAGCUCAUUGAGCUGCAGAACUACGCCGAGUUGGAUCCUGUAACCGUGAAUGUGUACUACUUGCUCGCCUACAGGGAGGCCGCAGAGAACUACCCGCUUGUGUUCGGAGCGUACGCGGAAGGCAUGCAGCUGCUGGAUGAUGCUCCAGCGCUGACGGAAGGCACAGAGGUCGCGUUCUUGAGCAUCGCGUAUUUUGAAAAAGCCGAGGAGCUCGUGUCGCUGAUCACCUUGGACGCGCUUAAAGUGUACGUUGCCUUCGCGUACAUCAACAACUUUGCCAAGUACUUGAGCCAGCCUUUUGUUGACGCGCGCUUCGAGUUCUUCCGUGGCGUGAUGCUGGGCACACAGACCCCACUGCCCAUGGAGAAAAUCUGCGCGGCGAACGUGGUCGACCUGCUGCCCGUACACGCAGGUGCUGCGUACGUUGCGAACCGUGACGACAUGAAGGAGACGGGUGACGCGUUUAUCGCUAUGCUGAACGAAGUGCUGAAUGCCAUGGCCGACAACAUCAAGACACUGGACUGGUUGGAUGAUCAAACACGAGCAAGUGCGCUGGCGAAGCUUGACACGCUGGAGGUCAUGUACGUCCAGCCUGAUGCCAAGCAGCUGGAGAAAGAAGCUCAAGGACUAGUGAAGCUCGACCCGACUACAUAUUUCGCCAACUUGGACCUCAUCUACACGGCCAAGUAUGUGUCGCUGGCUUGGGCUAUUGGAGCGGAUGUGGAUCGUCGAUCAUGGGGUAUGAGUGCGGCGUCUGCUAACGCGUACUACAUCCCGUACACCAACCAGAUCGUGUUUCCUGCGGGAUUGAUGCAGCAGCCUUUCUUCGAUGCUAGUGGCGCAGCAGCUCAGAUUUUCGGCGCCUUGGGUGUAGUCGCGGGGCACGAGAUCAGCCACGGGUUCGAUAACGCAGGCUCCAACUUCGACGCGAAGGGGAACUGGAACCAGUGGUGGACCAACACCACUGCAUCCGAGUUUGAGACGCGCGCACUGUGCCUGGUUGACCAGUACAGCGCAUUCUACACGACUGCGGAGGACGGAGUGGAGCUCGUCCCUGUCGACGGGAAGAAGACACUAGGUGAGAACAUCGCGGACAACGGCGGCUUGCACGUGGCCUUCAAGGCCUACAAGAAGCGUGUGUCGUCUUCGCGCAGCGACAAUGACGACAAUCAGCUCUUCUUCCUGUCGUACGCGCAAACGUGGUGCGGUAAGGUUCGUGACGAAACUGCUGUGGACUCGUUCCUCACGAACACGCACGCAGUCGGCGAAGUGCGCGUUAAUGGCGCUGCGAUGAACAGUGCUGCAUUCGCUUCGGCAUUUAACUGCCCUGCGGGUGCCCCCAUGAACCCAGGUGACAAGUGCGUUCUGUGGUAA